UAAUAUUAUGUAUUUAAACUAUGAACACACCAUACAUAGCGGCCUGCACAAUAUUAAUUGGUCAUUUAAUAGCGACAGGACACCAAAUAUGCUUGUCGAUCAAAGACACGUUUAGCUGAAUAAUAUGAUUGUAAUCACUACGUAUUGAACGUAUCGAUUGAAGCUAGAAUUGUUAAAAAGAAUAGCAGUUUCUUAUCAAAAGACUACUGUUGUAGAGUGCGCUCUGGAAAGUAAAACAGACGAUGGCAGCUGACGAUAAAAUAAGUUUAGAAAGCGAGUUUGCAACAAGUACAACACUCCAUGGGCUGCAAUACAUUGCCACAAGUAAACGGUUCAUCUUUAAACUACUCUGGGUAUUGAUUUUCAUGGCUGGAUUGAGUUUAUAUAAAGAUCCAGGUUUCUCAUAUUUGCCAUAUACCUAUACAUAUGUUUCUACAUGGGUUAAUAAGUAUCGAAGUUCCUACCUCACUGAUAAUGAUAGGAUUGUUAUAAAAUAUCUAUGGGACGCCGAAGACUACGACUACUUCUCUGAAGAGUAUUCAAAUGGAAUUUCGAGUAUUCAGUUUGAUGAUGUUUUUACCAAUGAAAACUUUAGCACGUCUGAAUUUACCAACAGAACUGGAUUUCAGCUCAAUAACGAAACGAUUCUAAGUUGCAAAUGGAAAGAGAAGUCUGGUUGUGGAGGUCAGGUUAGUGCUAUGCAGUGGCGUUACACCAAAGUCUCAAAGCGCUCGACGGUGUGGAUUAUAGCUCGUACAUUACCUUACUUCUCAGGCCCAAUAGGAUCACUUCGUGUCCGACCGGUAAAACUGGUGCCGGCUAUCUCUCGUCUGUCCACAACAGAGGCUGUAAAAACACUAGGUGACCCCCACGGAGACUGUGACAAAUCCUUGAAGCUUAACAACUACGAAAUAUACACGGUCUCCGGUUGCUUACUGGAGUGCCGGCAUAAACACAUUGUCAACAAGUGUGGUUGCAGACCUAUUCGAUACCCAGGUGAUGAGCCAGAAUGUACCCCAAAGGAAACAGAGGGCUGCGCAUCAGAUGUGCUCAAGAAACUGAAAAGCGGAGUUCUAGAAGAAUGCGACUGUCCAGUUCCGUGUGCGUACACGUCGUUCUCAACGUCCGUCACGUAUGCUGACAUUCCUAACCUAUCUGUUGAGAAUGAAUUGUACUCUUUUUAUGGAACCUCUUCACCAUACUUCUCGAAGAAUUAUAUCUUGCUGGAUGUAUAUUAUGAAGAGUUGAACUUGCAAGUAUUCAAACAAACUCCAGCAAUGACGUUCUCAGCUCUUCUUAGUGACAUUGGAGGUCAAUUGGGUUUGUUUAUUGGCGGAAGUGUUAUCACUAUCUUUGAAGUUGGUCAGUACUUUUCAAUGAAGGGUCAUUCUGUUUGCUGUAACACAAGCAGGUCUACUAAAAGUAAAUCGCAUCCAGAUGGCUCCGGUGUAUCUGGUCCAGUAUUGGUCGACAACAAGGGUACUGUCGGUGACCAUGUCACAUUGGAAAUGAUCUGACGAUAGCGAAUACGAAUACAUGUCGACUUCUCCGGACAACCACCGCAAACACAUUUACUAAUGAACCUUUCUGCAUAUCAGUCUGAUAUAACAAAUGACCAAUAAGAACAAGGCCAGGAUUAACAUUUUGUUCAGCAACGUUCAUGGGCGGGUUUUGCAAAGAGAAGGCUGGAAUAUUUUAUUUAAUUAACAGAUUUUCAUAUUGUUGUGUUACAUGUAGUUAAUGAUGAUUUAUUGAGAAUACGGGACAACUUAAUUGCGUUUCUUGUAAACAUUUGCGUUUCCUGUAAAAAUGAUGAUGUAUUACCUUUUUAUAUUACUGAAGUACGUGUUUCUUCAAACCAAAAUUUAUUCGUUGCAUAGUUACAACAUCUUGCUAAAAAAUUAUAUAUCACUAUUAUAUUAUAUAUCACUGAUGAUACAAACAUACCAAAACUAAUCGUAAUAAUAAUCUAUACCAAAUAUACUAUUAUAGUGUAACGUCCGUAUUCUUAAAACAAACUUUAGUCGAACUUCGAACUAGAACUUUAUUUAGUGCUUGUUUCAACUUCAACUUCAAUAUGUAUUCACAAAUAACGUAGUCGAAGAUUUAACUACGACUAAAUCAAGUCCUAGUUUUAGCCAAGACUAUCAAACUAACCAAUAAAAAUGGCUAAAUUUAAUAGAAGACGAAAUUUUAGAGAUCCGGUAACGCGGAUGAAUAUGAAUAUUAUGCUGCCGUCUGUGGUCGGUUCAAAAACGCAUUUCCUCAUAAUUCAUAAUAGACCAUCAUUCACUUAAUUAAUUUUCUAUAAUAUUAGUUGUUAACAUAUUACGAUAGAGAAUUUGAACAGUCACUGAAAAUUUGCUUUCUUUGGAGAACUAUUAUAGUUGAGCCCUAGCGAGGACGGCGCCAUCUUUGUUGUUGCUAUGGUGAAGCUACGUGAUCGCAACGCGAGAGAUUUCGUGCAAAUCAAGAACUAUCGCAUGUGGCUAGCAAAACAUGUUAAUAUCUCCAUUUGGGAGCUAAAACUUGAUGUCUCUUUUGUUUAUCACACCGAAAAUAUUAAAUAUUUAUUAAUAAUAAUUUUAUUAUUAUUAUUGGGUUUGUUUAUUGGCGGAAGUGUUAUCACUAUCUUUGAAGUUGGUCAGUACUUUUCAAUGAAGGGUCAUUCUGUUUGCUGUAACACAAGCAGGUCUACUAAAAGUAAAUCGCAUCCAGAUAGCUCCGGUGUAUCUGGUCCAGUAUCGGUCGACAACAAGGGUACUGUCGGAUGAAUAUGAAUAUUAUGCUGCCGUCUGUGGUCGGUUCAAAAACGCAUUUCCUCAUAAUAAACCUGCGUAUACAAUCGUUUUUAUUUAUUUUACUUUAUCGUGAGUUACAAAAACACGUUUUUAAUGGGGUAAAUAUUUCAAGUGGACGAUAUAGCCUGACCCUAGGCUGAUUAAUCGAUUUUCGCG